CCCGGUACUACCUCCCGCAGGUAUCCAGGAAGGCCUGGUAGCCGGUGCGGGCUCCAGAUUGGCGGCCGACAACGCGAAGCCCUCAACAUCCAUCCAUCCAUCAUCCUUCUAGCCUGGCAUCUUCGACUUUCAAGGUUGUCUUUCGCCUUGUCCUCCGUCCUCUGCCUUGGCAUCUGGCUACCUGGCCUGUCUCUCGGGGUCGCAUUCAAGAGUACGGACGGGCACGUGUGAGCGUGCGCCGCCUAGCCUCCCCUUUCCAUUCCGCCUGCCGCGCUUCAGACCUUGCCUGCCUGCCAUUCUGCCUGGGGCGUCCGUUUCUGUUCCUACCUCACCUUCCAUUGCCUCCGCGAACCCUUGCUUUUUUCCUGUCUGUCCCCUUUCUCCUUGGGCCGCCCGACCGCCCCCAUCGCAGCCGCCCUGUGCAACCCGCCAGCCACCACGCAGCUCCCCCGAGCCAGCACACGUUUGUCGCGGCGCACUGCAUCACGCGACGCAUGUGAUAGCCUUCCCUCAUGGACACCCAGCAGCCUGCCUCCGCCGUCAAUGGCCGCAAUGGACACGUGAGCCCGACGACCAACGGCGAGAAUGGCUCCUCACGCAAUGGCUCCGCCGCCGCGCGUCUCUUGCUCCCUGGCGGCGGGACGCUGGCCGUUGCCGAGAAGCACCUCGUCAUAUCCGGUAUGUCUCGUCUUGCUAUCACUCACGAUGGAGUGCUCGGUUGCGGGCGAGGUUGUCCUUGGGUGCCGUUGGCUGACACGGGCCUUCCUUAAACAGCAGCCAAGGAGAGGCAGCCGAGGACUUCUGCGUGCUGCUUCAUAGCUACAGGUAAUUGCAUGUAUCCGAUCAAGUAUACUGUAUAUGCAGGACAAGCCGCUCAUGCAUGCGCCACACACUCGCAGAUGCGUCCGGGAACAGACUGGUUCCGCUCUACAACAUCCUUUGGGCCGACGCCACCGGUCACCAGCUCCAGAUUAGUUACGCAGCGCAACCCUCCAAGACCUCCAUCAAACUCGAAACGUGGACCUUUGACCUCGACGGGUCGGAUGAGCCUCCUGUUGAUGGAGUUACGCCCAAGGACUUUGCUUCCACCCUCAUUUCCCGGGCGUAUGGCGAUGCUCAGCCGCAGAAGCGAGCGUAUGUGCUCAUCAACCCCCAUUCAGGACCCGGAGGGGGGUUGCGCAAGUGGGAGAAGUACGCAAAGCCGCUCUUUGAGGCCGCUCGGAUGCACAUCGAUGACAUAGUGCUGUCCAAGGGGGGCGAAGCCGUCAGCCUGGUCGAAAAUAUGGACAUUGACAAGUAUGAUACCAUCGUGGCCUGUUCAGGCGACGGGACGCCACACGAGAUCUUCAACGGCCUAGCCAAGCGCCCCGAUGCCAAGAGGGCCCUUUCCAAGAUCGCCGUCAGCCACAUUCCUUGCGGUUCGGGCAACGCCAUGGCCUGCAACCUGUACGGCUCCCACCGUCCUGCCCUUGCCGCCCUUGCAAUCAUCAAGGGAGUCGUGACGCCUCUGGACCUCGUUUCCAUCACCCAGGGUGAUCGGCGCCUGAUGUCGUUUCUGUCCCAGUCACUCGGUAUCAUCGCGGAGAGUGACCUGGGCACCGAGUACCUGCGGUGGAUGGGCAGCAAGCGUUUCGACUUUGGUGUCAUCACGAGAAUCUUCCGCCAAAAGUGCUAUCCAUGCGACCUAGCAGUCAAGGUCGAAGCAGAGCAAAAGGACGAAGUCAAGGAGCACUACAAGCGCCAUGCCAGUGACGCGAGCCUCCGGAAAACGUUUCUGACACCCGACAGCCAUGAUGGUGAGGGCCUGCCACCCCUGAAGUAUGGGACGGUUGAGGAUGCUCUGCCCGAGGGCUGGGAGCUGGUGUCCUACGACAAGAUUGGCAACUUUUAUUGCGGAAACAUGGCCUACAUGGCCCCGGAUCUCAACUUCUUCUCGGCUGCAGUGGCAUCAGACGGCUGCAUGGAUCUGGUGACGAUGAACGGCGAUCUAUCUCCGGUCACGGCAACCAAGACGCUCAUGUCAGUCGAAUCGGGCAAGUUCUUCGACAGCCCGCAUGUCGCAUACAAGAAGAUCUCAGCCUACCGCAUUAUCCCGCGGGAUCAGGACGACGGGUACAUCAGCAUUGACGGCGAGAGGAUGUCUUUUGGCCCCUUUCAAGCUGAAGUGCAUCAAGGACUUGGCCGCGUGAUUUCGAAGCGAGGCGGCUAUGAGGCACUUGGCCCAUCCAACUGGGACACCGUCACGGUGGCGGAAAGGCUUCACGCCUGAUGGGUCGCGCAUGUUUGUCAUUGUUGCUGUUGCCGCUGUUUGAGGCGUGGAGCUCGCGGUAGAGGGAAGCGCGUGUUGUGAUACCCAUGGUUGCGUGGAAGUAUGCAUGUGGCGAUGAAGGCAUAGGAAACCUAGACAGUAUAACAUGGCGCAGUCAAUUGCCUUAGACAAGGCGGACAGGCUCGUUGGUCACGAUGGAGCG